AUGGCAGAAUUGACCCUUUCACCCGAAGCUGCCGAAAAGACGGGUUACAAUUGUGCCGCUUGUGAGCGACCGGAUCACGCAGAGAAGGAUAUGGUGUUUUGUGACCAAUGUCAAAACUGGUAUCAUUUUGGAUGUGCCGGUGUAACGAAUGCGGUAAAGGACGAUUCAUCGUGGAUAUGCGGCAAGUGCAUGAAAAAUGCCGCUGGUAGUUCCGUGACGUCAGAGUUGGAGCAAGAAUUGAAAAGGCUCGAGGAAGAAAAAAGAGUCCAACAGCUAGCUAUGGAGAAGGAAAGAGUCCUGCAUAAACGGCGCCUGGAGCUGCAGCAGGAAAUGUUUCUGAUGCGACAAAAACUGGAACAGGAGAAACGCGAAAUGGAGUUAGCCUUCGAAAAAGAGCAGUUGGAGAAGGAAAUCGCUGAGGAAGAAUCGUUCCAGAAGAAAAGUGAGCAGAUGAGAAAGGAGAUGCACGGUAAAUUGAAUAAGCUUAGACAGCAACGGAGCAAGGAUUUCGAUAGUGGUGUGAAAGAAAAAAUGGAAGAAGCUGUAGGUUGUGAAGAUGAUUGCUCGAGUGACAAAGAAAAGCCGAAGCAGUCGGGACUGGAGAAAACAAAGCCAGGAAAAGCAGAAACCGAAAAAAAAAGGUCGGAAAAAGGCAAACCUGGGAAAAUGGAUCUGGUCGAGACUGGCAACGGAGAUUUUCGAGGAGCAUAUCAAAAAUACUCCACUCCAAAAACAUGUUUAGUUCCGUUAGUCACAUCGCCAUCAUUGGAGGAAAUUCCGCCUGUCGACGCGGAAUCCGUAAAAGGUGAUACACAGGAAAAGAUCGAAAGUAAGAAGAACGACGCGGUUUCAAAUGACGUGCGAGAAGCAAAUGAGGACGAUAGUGAAUCCAGCGAAUCAAAUGAGGAUCACGAAUCGGUGACAGUACAAGCUGGCCAAAACAAGCAACAAAGAUGUCGUCGAGGACCUACCAAAGCUCAGCUGUCCGCCAGGCAGUUCCUGUCGAAGAAGUUGCCGGUAUUUUCCGGAAAGUUAGAGGACUGGCCGAUGUUCAUCUGCAGCUACGAAACAUCUAGCGAAGCUUGUGGGUUUUCGAAUGUCGAGAACCUGGCUCGACUACAAGAGUGCUUGAAGGGCCAAGCAUUGGAAGCAGUUCGUAGUAGGCUCCUACUUCCAGACGCAGUUCCACAGAUCAUUGAGACUCUCCGGAUGUUGUACGGUCGCCCGGAGCACCUUCUAAAUAUGCUAUUGGUGAAGGUGAGAAAGGCUCUCCCACCGAGAGCAGAUCGUUUGAUAACGUUCAUCAAUUUCGGGAUGAUUGUCCAGCAGCUUGCAGAUCACCUGGAAGCAACGAAGCUUACUUCUCAUCUUCUGAAUCCCAUGCUGAUUCAGGAGAUUACCGAAAAGUUGCCCGCAAGUACACAACUUGAGUGGGUGCGGUAUAGAAGGAGAGACCGUGUAGUCACGAUUCGAACUUUAGCCAACUUUCUGUCCGCAAUCGUGAAAGACGCCAGCGAGGUGACGUCAUACUGUGAAGCACCUGUAGUUGUAGACCACGCCAAUCGAAAGUCCAGAGGAAAGGAUAAAGAGCACGAAGGUUUCCUCCAUGCCCACUGUGGACAAGAAAACGCCAACAAAACUCAGGCGCCGAGGGUGAGAAAGCCAUGUAUGAUUUGCGACCGUACUGAUCACCGGGUAAGAAAUUGUGUAGCCUUCCGGAACCUCUCCGUACUACAUCGUUUGGAAGCGGUGCGUAAAUGGAAGUUGUGCUCGAUGUGUCUCAAUGAGCAUGGAAAUGCCCGCUGUAAGCUGAAUUUCCGCUGUAAUGUCGGGACCUGUAGAGAGCCUCACCAUCCUUUACUCCACGCGGCAGGCCCGGAAUCGGGAUCGAACUGCAACUUUCAUUCGUUUCAACGCAAGCAAUCGGUGAUUUUUCGAAUGAUUCCGGUCACAUUGCACUGGGGAAAUCAUACAGUGAACACAGUGGCUUUCCUGGACGAGGGGUCGUCCUACACAUUGGUGGAGAAGUCGGUGGCUAGCGCUCUUAGGACGAAUGGUGUAACGCAACCACUUCGUGUGACGUGGACGGCUGGAAUGUCCCAAUUGGAAAGGGACUCGCAGAAAGUAGAACUGUAUAUUUCGGCUCGAGGUUCAAGUCGCCGGUUCCACAUAAAAGCAGCUCAUACCGUGGAUAACUUGAGGCUUCCCCAGUCGACGCUAGCCCUGACGGAAGUAGUCAAGCAGUAUCCCCAUCUUCAAGAUCUAUCCGUGGUGGAUUUCCAACAUACUGUUCCGCAAAUUCUGAUCGGACUGAAAGACGUUCACCUGUGUGCACCGUUAGAAUCACGAAUCGGGAAAGCGGAAGAGCCAAUCGCUGUGCGGUCCAAGCUUGGUUGGACCAUAUUCGGACCUGCAAGCGGUGGUAUUGAGUCGAGCAUCGUUGGUCAUCAUGCGUGCAGCAGUGUUUCGAACGAGGACCUCCACGAUCUGUUGAAGAGCCACUACACGCUAGAAGAGUCUGGCAUUUCGGUUGCGCUGCUACCGGAAAGCGAAGAGGAUAGGAGAGCGAAAGAUAUCCUGACGCAAACGACGGUAAGAGUAGGUGAUCGUUUUGAGACGGGGUUAUUAUGGAGAUAUGAUAGUCCGUGCUUCCCCGACAGCUAUCCUAUGGCUGUGAAAAGGCUCAAGAGUUUAGAGAGACGUUUAUUGAAGGACAAUGAACUGUACGAUAAAGUACGGUGCAUGGUCUCGGAGUACCUAACCAAGGGCUAUGCGCACAAAGCUUCAGAGUUGGAGCUAGCAGACACCAACCAGAGUAAGGUGUGGUAUUUGCCAUUGAACGUGGUUAUUAAUCCGAAGAAACCGGGUAAAGUCCGCCUUGUUUGGGACGCAGCUGCGGCUGUAGCUGGGGUGUCCCUGAAUUCAAAACUCUUGAAGGGUCCCGAUAUGCUGACUGCUCUCCCAGCAGUUAUUUGCAAGUUUCGAGAGAAAAAAGUGGGUUUUGGUGCAGACAUCAAAGAGAUGUAUCAUCAGUUGAAAAUUCGAAAAGAAGAUAAGCAAGCGCAGAGGUUCCUGUUCCGAGAGAAUCCAGCCAGCGCUCCGGAGGUAUUUAUUAUGGACGUUGCUACCUUUGGGGCGACCAGUUCACCUUGCUCCACCCAGUUUGUGAAGAACAUGAAUGCAAAGGAGUUCGCAGGGCGGUUUCCAGAGGCAGCGAGAGCGAUUCUAGAGAACUAUUACGUCGAUGAUUAUUUCGAUAGCACGGAGACAGUCGAGGAAGCAGUGAAGCUGGCGAAGGAGGUAACGUUUGUUCAUUCAAAGGGCGGCUUCGAGCUUCGAAAUUGGGUCUCUAGUUCAGAGGUGUUCCUGCGAGAAAUGGGGGAGACAAAAGAAAAUCAAUGUGUUCAUUUUAAUCAAGACAAGGAAACAGGGCAAGAAAGGGUCUUGGGAAUAGUGUGGAAUUCAGUAAGCGACGAGUUUACGUUCUCAGCAAGGUUACGUGAAGAUUUGCUGCCGUACCUGAUAGGAGAGAGGCGGCCCACGAAAAGGGGGGUCAUGAGCUGCAUCAUGAGCUUGUUCGAUCCCAUUGGGUUUUUGGCUUCCUUCACUAUUUAUGGAAAAAUGCUUAUUCAAGAUCUUUGGCGCAGUGGAUGUGCCUGGGACCAGCAGAUCAACGACGAGUGUAGCGAGAAAUGGAAUCGUUGGGUCGGUCGGCUUCCAGAAAUCGAAAGAGUGCGGAUCCCUCGUUAUCACUUCACGGGAGGAUUAUCUGUGGACUACAGUACGUUGCAACUACACGUUCUUGUCGAUGCUAGUGAGAAUGCAUAUGGUGCUGUUGCAUAUUUCCGUGUCAUGACUGCUUCUGGUCCUAUUUGUUCGCUUGUGAUGGCACGUUCCAAGGUUGCACCUUUGAAGCAGCUGUCAAUUCCGCGCCUGGAACUACAGGCCGCGAUUCGAGGACAGUACUUUCUUGGAUCCACUCGGAUCAGCGAUCGGAUCUACAAGCAAUUCGUUGCUUUCCGAAUUGGUGAAAUCCUUAGUCUCACGAAGCUCGAUGAAUGGCGGUGGGUUUCCACUAGAAACAACAUCGCUGACGACCUAACCAAAUGGGAUCGAGGACACAAUCUAAAUUCGAACGGUCCUUGGUUUCGGGGUCCACAUUUCCUGUUCCAUCAGGAAGAUUCCUGGCCAGAACAGAAGCGCGUAACACCGAAUGUGCCUGAAGAGAUACGUGCCCACAUACUGUUCCACGACAUUUCACUGUCAGAACCUGUAAUCGAUCCGUUGCGUUUUUCAAGAUGGAAGGUCUUAGUUCGAACGAUAGCCUGCGUCUACCGGUUUGUUUCGAACUGCAAGCGAAAAAAGGAAGGAUUGGCCAUCGAAGGUGUACCAACGACCGAUGCUCUCAAGAGAAAAGUAAGGGCAAAAAUUGCAUCUACGGUAGUUCCUUUGCAACGAGACGAAUACCAAAAAUCAGAAGCAUAUUUGUGGCGAUUCGCACAAGCGGAAGCAUACGGGGAUGAGGUGAAAACUCUCCAGAAAAAUCUUAAAGUGGGGAACGAGAAACAACGACAGCUGGAAAAAUCGAGCAGUCUAUACAGUCUGAGCCCAUUUUUGGAUGCACAGAACGUUCUUCGGAUGGAAGGGAGAACCGCACAAGGACAUCCAGUUACCGUUAAACUUCUGGAACAUUAUCAUCAGAGAGUGGCACACGGCAAUCAAGAAACGGCGGUAAAUGAAAUACGACAAAGGUUUUGGAUUCCCAAUCUCCGAGCGGAACUCAAACGUAUUUCAAGAGCUUGCAUGCGAUGCAAGGUGAGGAAAUGUGAGCCAGGUCAUCCGAGAAUGGUUCCUCUUCCGAUUUCGCGGAUCUCGCCUGGGUUGCAGCCGUUCAGCUACACAGGGGUGGAUUAUUGUGGUCCAUUGACUGUCUCCGUCGGGCGCAGAUCAGAAAAAAGGUGGAUUUGUUUGUUCACGUGUUUGACGACGAGAGCUAUUCACAUUGAGGUUGCUCAUAGUCUGACGACUCAAUCGUGCCUGAUGGUCAUACGGCGAUUCGUGAGCUACAGAGGAGGUCCUCUUGAAUUCUUCUCAGAUAAUGGGACGAAUUUCCAUGGCGCCAGCAAAGAAAUUGUUAAGCAGAUGGAGAUUAAUUGUGAAGAUGUGUUCACCGAUUCGAGAACCAGAUGGAAUUUCAAUCCGCCUUCCGCACCUCAUAUGGGUGGGGUGUGGGAGCGAAUGGUGCGCUCCGUUAAGACGGCGUUGAAAGCGUUGGAUGAUGGCCGCCGAAUGACGGACGAAGUACUUCUGACCGUGUUGGCAGAAGCGGUGGAUUUAAUCAAUUCUCGGCCACUGACAUACGCUGGCCUGGAACCUGAUGCAAAGGAAGCGCUAACACCAAACCAUUUUGUUCGCGGCGUAGGACUAAUGAGUUCUGAGUCGUUUAUAAGACCUACCAAUGAAGCAGAGGCACUGCGGGACAGCUUCAAGCGGUCACAGUUUUUGGCUGAUUGUUUGUGGAAACGAUGGACUUCUGAGUAUCUCCCGACGAUCAAUUAUCGCAGCAAAUGGCACUCUGAAAUGCCUCCUAUUGCAAAAGGUGAUCUUGUGUAUAUUGCGGACGAGAAUAUCCGAAAGCAUUGGGUUAGAGGGGUUGUAACCGAGGUAUUCAGUGGUGCUGAUGGUAGGAUCAGACAGGCUUUGGUGAAAACAGCAAAGGGUGAGUUCAGGCGGCCGGUGGUGAAGCUUGCGGUGCUUGAAGUCCAGGGUCGUAAAUCUACUGCGGCUGACGCUUUCGCACCAGAGUUAUGGGGAGGGGCUAUGUACACACAGCUACGCACAGUCGACUAA